AUGUCCCAUCCGCCCCUCCCCCACCGCCGCACCCACAACCUCCUCCUAAUCUCCAAGCUCCUGUCGCUGUCCCAGCAGCAGCACGCGCAAACCUCGCCGUUCACGCUGGUUCUCGACUCGCUGGAGCAGCCCGCGCGGCCGCUGACGCGCGAGUAUCUCCGGCGGGCGCGACUGUUGUCGAGGGGAGCCGGCGUGGUGGUGGUUUUUCUGGGGUUCGAGACCCUCACAAAGCCCGUCGGCGCGGAUUACUUUGUGCCUUGUUACCGGUAUUGUCAGGACGAAGGCCAAGGGCAAGGGCAGGGACUAGGACUAGGUAGACGGGCAGGGAUGGGGACGGGAGAGAAGAUCGCAAGGGAGGUGGGUGAUAUUCUUCGGCGGAGUGGAGGAAAGAGAUUCUUGAUCAUGAUUGAUUCCCUGACGACACUGGCAUCUCUCUCCAUACAGCCGACAGCGAAUCUCAACCUGACGGCAUUCCUCUCCUCCCUGCUCCAGCCACCGGCGCUCCAGACAAAAGGUGCGGAGCAGGUCGAGGGCCCACAAAUCUCAUUAGUCGCUGUUUACCACACUGACGUCCCCUUACCGUCUCCGCCUCCCUCGACCAUACCAUCUGCGGUGCUUUCAAAUUCAUACUCGCCUUCUCCCCUCUCACUGUUGUCAUACCUCGCCACCACAGUGAUAACGGUACAUUCGCUCCCAAUCCUCCUCGCCGAAAAGUCUGCCCGUUCAAAAUCCCUCGCUGCGCCGUCCUUUGGCCUCUCGGAAGAGACCGAGGGCGUGGUAAUCGGUCUGAAGCCGAAGUCUCUGACGAAAUUGAAUCAGGGCGAACGCGGGGUUGUGUUAGAAUUGGAGCACCGUAGGAGGAGUGGCCGGGGAGUCAGAGAGUGGUUCUUCUUGCCUACGUCCGGAGGCACGAUGAAGAAGAGCGACGGCCAGCCGUUUCGGGAGAUCGUCACUCUACUGGAUGACCACCCAUUGUUCCGCAAGUCGGAUGAGGGAGAGAGCGUGGAGGAGCUCUCGGGCAUGACGUUCGAGUUGGGACUGACAGAGCGCCAACGCCUCGAGCGAGAAGGGGUUGUGCUGCCGUACUUCGAUGCUCAGAAAGCCGGCGGCGGAGCGGGCGAGGGUGGGCGGAUCUUGUAUGACAUGGGUGUUGAGGAUGACUUUGACGAAGAAGAGGAUGAGAUCUGA